AUGAGUCAUCACCUCGCCUUCUCUCUUGCUGGCUUAACUGGCUUAGGUGGAGCUAUGGGCUUCAUUAAGAAAGGCUCAAAGGCAAGUCUUUUCGGUGGUCUUUUAACUUCGGCUGCAUUUGCUAGUAGCGGCUACUUGAUUCAACAAAACAUGGACUAUGGCUUCGAAUCUGCUUUAGCUGCUUCUGCUUUGCUGACUGCCUCUUCGAUUGGCAGAGUCAGAGCAAGCGCUUUACCUAAGAUGCUUACCGCUUUAGGUCUCACCAGCGGUGCGUACUACGCCUACAAAAUAAAGCAAUUUCAAGAUGGUUUUUAA